GAUCGUAUCCCUGUCAUGAGAGGCCAGUGGUUCAUUGACGGCACAUGGAUGCCUGUAGAGGAGGAUGAGAGCGACCUCAUAGAGAAAGAACACCUGGCGUGCUUCCGAGGACAACAGAUACAGGACGCUUUUGAGACUGACACGCUGGCCAAGACUGUGGACAGAAAAGAUGGGUGCUGGUGCUAUCUGGAACCACAGAAAAUUUGCUCCACUGGAAAAAUUGCAGGAACAUCUGCUCCACACUGACCCCUAAAACAAGCUGGUCUCAGACCAGGAAGGACUAAUAUGGGGAGAGAGAUCUUUUAAACAAUACGUUUUCAAAACAACAAUAACUUAUUCUGGCAAUACUGACACAAAUUAACACUGGAAAGCAUACAACUAGAUAGAUAAAACUAUAGUGCGUAUGUCACAUUGCACAGUGGCAGUUGUUUAAUACUAAGUUCGUGUAAAAUAAAAUAUUAUUUACAAAUAUCAUAUGUUAAUUUGAUGAGUUUAUAUUAAUUAUACAUUUAAAAAAUUCUGUCCCUUGCAUUAAAAGCAGCUUGUGAUGGCCUGAUGCUUAAUCAGUUUAUUUGAAUGUUCUAUAAUGAUAUCUAUGACAUAAUCUAUAGUGAUGUAUGUAAGACAUUCUGCAUAAAAUUCUGG